GAGGUGAGGCUGAUGCUGAGGUGAUGCAACCAGGGGACUGGGCUGAGAAUCAUCCGGCUGCUGCCAGCGGAGAGGAGCUGCCAUCCGAAACCGAUGCUGCAUGGAGCCGUCACAAAUUGUGGGAUUAGCCAACUCCUAGCAAAUGGACGUUCAUCGGGCUUCAAUCAGUCUCUCUCGGAGGAAGAAGUAGGAGAACCUGAGAUUAAGCUGUAGAUGUAUCAGCAUCAGAGAGCUAAGAAUGAAGAAGUCGGUCCGGCCAGCGGUGAGUAAGGUGAGUGGAGAUCGAGGGAAGUCGGAGGCUGCAGCCACCGCUGGCACCGGAAAACCUACAGCCAAAAGCACCACCAACGCUCCUCUGUCUAAGGUGAAAAGCAAUGAUGAUCUUUUAGCAGCCAUGGCUGGAGGGAAUCCGGCUUCAAGCACUGCUGUCACAAAGACCAAGAGGACUGCCUCCAUUGGAACUACUGCUAGCAACCUAGACAGCAAGCCAAAGACAAUAUCAGGUACUUCAUCCAAGCGUACAACAUCAUCAACAUCCAAGGAGCCAAACUCAUCAAGAGAUCGUCUCCGGACAUCCAGGACAUCAGCUGGUAAAAAGCAGCUGGUGUCAGGGACUGUAGCAGGAGAUGCGGCCUCAGGAAAGCGCUCUCGCAGCCAGAUCUUGGCAGAGUCUGAGGGUCGUAUGAGCAAAUCCAAGUCAGAUGGUCAGAUUAGUGAUAAGGUGGCUCUAGAAGCUAAAGUAAAAGACCUGCUGGGUUUGGCUAAGAGCAAAGAUGUAGAGAUCCUCCACCUUCGUAGUGAGCUGCAGGACAUGAGGGCCCAGCUUGGUCUCGGGGGCAAGGAAGCAUCACAGCAGGAAGAAGUUGGGGAAGAGAAGCCCCAAGUUUCAGCCAUCACAGCAGCUGAUGUGGAAUCCACUCUGAUUCUUUUACAAGAGCAGAACCAGGCCAUCAGAGAGGAGCUCAACCUGCUAAAAAGCGAGAACCGCAUGCUGAAAGACCGGCUCAAUGCGUUGGGCUUCUCCCUGGAGCAGCGGCUGGACGGCUCUGACAAGUUGUUCAAUUACACUUCCCUGAGCCCUGACCUGGUAGCAGGUAGUGGUCACAGUGAUGGAGGAGGCACAGGGACACUGACCUCCUCAGUGGAAGGCUCUGCUCCUGGCUCAUUAGAAGAUCUGCUCACAGGACACCACCAUGGAGGUUCAGUGGACAACCUCGACAGUGAGUCCAGUGAGGUUUACCAAGCUGUGACCUCCAGUGAUGAUGCUCUGGAUGCCCCCUCUGGAGCUUCCUCGUCAUCUGAGUCGGAGUGUGCACCUAGCAGGGAGCGCUCGCGGAGGGAUAGCAGUGGCAAUGCCAGCGAGGUGUCAGUAGCCUGUCUGACAGAGCGCAUCCACCAGAUGGAGGAGAACCAGCACAGCACUGCUGAGGAGCUUCAGGCCACACUACAGGAGUUGGCAGACCUGCAGCAAAUCACCCAGGAGCUGAACGGAGAGAAUGAGCGUCUCGGUGAGGAGAAGGUUAUUCUCAUGGAUUCCCUGUGCCAGCAGAGCGACAAGCUGGAGCUCUACGGCCGACAAAUCGAAUACCUGCGCUCACUGCUGGAUGAGCAUCAUAUAUCCUAUGUGUUGGAGGAAGACAUCAAGAGCGGCCGCUACAUGGAGCUUGAGCAACGCUAUGCAGACCUGGCAGACAAUGCCCGUUUUGAGAGAGAGCAACUGUUGGGGGUGCAACAACACCUAUCCAACACAUUGAAGAUGGCUGAGCAAGACAACGCUGAAGCACAGGAGAUGAUUGCAGCUCUGAAGGAGAGGAAUCACCAAAUGGAGCGCAUCAUGGAAUCUGAGAGACAGGGCCGAGCUGCCAUGGCGGCCGCACUGGAGGAGUACAAGGCAGCAGUGAGCAAUGACCAGGCGGAACUGAGCCGCUGCAGAGCCCAACUGGACCAAGAGAGGCAGAGGGUGGCUGAGCUGUAUUCUCUUCAUACUGCAGGGGACAAAAAUGACAUCUGCCAGCUGCUUGAAGGUGUGCGGCUGGGGAAGGAGGAGGCUGAGGCCAAGGCUGCAAAGAUGCAAGAGCAGCUGGAACAAGCCCACAGUGAACUCAACCGGCUGCAGGAGACUUUCAGCAAGCUGGACAGGGAAUACAGAGACUUCCAGGAGCAGGUGCAGCAGCAGAUGGCUGAUCAGGAGCGUACGCUGGAAAAGCAGCGUAUGGAGCUGCAGGAGAAAGAGACAGAGAUUGCCGACAUGAAGGAAACCAUCUUUGAGCUUGAGGACGAGGUGGAGCAGCAUCGAGCUCUUAAACUCCAUGACAACCUCAUUAUAACAGACCUCGAGAACUCUGUGAAGAAGCUACAGGACCAGAAGCAUGACAUGGAGAGAGAGAUUAAGAUUCUUCACCGCAGAUUGAGGGAGGAGUCUAUGGAGUGGCGUCAGUUUCAGGCUGAUCUGCAGACGGCUGUUGUUAUUGCUAAUGACAUCAAAUCGGAAGCUCAGGAGGAGAUUGGAGACCUGCGGCGCCGGCUGCAGGAAGCACAGGAGAAGAACGAGAAGCUGAGCAAGGAGCUGGACGAAGUCAAGAGCCGCAAGCAGGAGGAGGAGAGAGGCAGAGUGUACAACUACAUGAAUGCAGUGGAGAGGGACCUGGCGGCUCUAAGACAGGGGAUGGGUCUCAGCAGGCGAUCUUCCACCUCCUCGGAGCCUUCACCCACCGUCAAAACACUCAUCAAGAGCUUUGAUAGUGCCUCACAAGGUCCACCUUCCAAUGGUGCCGCUGUGGCUCCCACAGCCUCGGCUGCCCCACUACCACGAACCCCCCUCAGCCCCAGUCCCAUGAAGACGCCCCCAGCAGCUGCUGUUUCACCCAUACAGAGACACUCCAUAACUGGGUCCAUGUCAGCAGCCAAGCCGCUCUCCUCCUUGAGUGAUAAGAGGCCCAGCUACACAGACAUCACCAUGCCAGCUGAGCACCUUCUCAGGGGAACCUCAGCUACCCGACCUCCGCCUGUCAUCCAGAGGGUCUCCACCAUGGACUCCACCAAGGCGAUCUCAGUGUCCCGUCGGAGCAGCGAGGAGAUCAAGCGGGACAUGUCAGCUUCAGAUGUGGCCUCUUCAACCUCUCUGAUGGCUAUGAGUGCAGCCUCCUCUCCACUAUCUCUGUCCUCCUCCUCCCCCACUGCAUCCAUCACCCCUACAGCACGCAGCCGCCUAAGAGAAGAGCGAAAGGACCCGUUGUCAGCACUGGCCAGAGAGUAUGGAGGCUCCAAGAGAAAUGCUUUGCUAAAGUGGUGCCAGAAGAAGACUGAAGGCUAUCAGAACAUUGAUAUUACUAACUUCAGCAGCAGUUGGAAUGAUGGCUUGGCUUUCUGCGCUGUGCUCCACACCUACCUGCCCGCACACAUCCCCUACCAGGAGCUCACUAGCCAAGACAAGAGGAGAAACUUCACCUUAGCUUUCCAGGCUGCAGAGAGUGUAGGCAUCAAAUGCACUUUGGACAUUAAUGAGAUGGUGCACACAGAGAGGCCAGACUGGCAGAGCGUCAUGACUUACGUCACAGCCAUCUACAAAUACUUUGAGACCUGACUUCACCGUCUGGCCCACCCUGCUCCUGCAGCACAAUCAGACCGACCACGCCAACCCUCCUGAGCUCUCAGCAACCCUUCAACCCCGCGGUCAACUCUUAUACCUCACUGACCUCCUUAUCCCGCUUCACAGCAACACCUGGUCACGCUGAAUGUCUGUGCUCAAUAUUUAGCAACACUAACGGCAGACACAGAACCUCACUGGACACACAUACAACUGCAUCAUCCUCCCAGUGCAGCACUGGAGGCGCUUGUGUAGAGUUGUAGUCCAGGGGCUUGCUUGUAUGUUUACUUUUACACUAGUGAGCCAUGACUCCAGCAAAAGCCUGGUGAACCAAGUUUGAGCUGACCAGCAGCGAAUCCCUGUAGAUCAUCUUUGUCUUCAGUUCAUGUCUGAAGGAGCAGCAUGAAACCAAGUCUCAGUGCCUUCUAUCUGGCUUUUUCUCUCAUAUAAUAUUGCUCCACACUUCACUCAGUUUCCACAAUGUUGUAGUCUGUUCAAGGGAAAUUCCAUCAAAGCUGACUUAAAGCAUUUUAUUUUCAUAAAGUCUCACAGGGUUUUUGUUUUGUUAAACUGUGAAUAUUUAGUGGACAUUUUCCACUAAAUAUUUCAUUUUUUCACAAUAACAAAACAAAGAUUAGCAAUGUUGGAAUUCCCGCACAACCUUGAAAAAUCCCUUUGGACAGACUUCGGAGAGAUGUGUCUUUUUUGCACCAAGUCUUCCAGACGUUACAGUACGCUACAGAUGCCUCUCUUUCAGUGGAUAAAGUGCCUGUGAGAGGUUUCAUAUAAGAGACCAGGAAAUGAGCUCUUUCAAUACAGUAUGUGAAGCUUAAGAUUCAAGGAGUUGCCAAAUGAGCCUUUUGAUUGUUGAUUUCUGGCUUAUUAGUCAUCAGGACAGACUGGUGCUGCAGACAGCUGCCACAUCAGCAUCUCAUCAUGAUCAUGUUUGCAGUCCAAGUACAGAAGUAUACUGUGUUCUACAACUCUACUGCACAUUUUGUUAAGCAGCACUAACACACUAACUUUAUGAUGGUUUUUCACUUAUGGAUCAAUGGAGGUGGACUAAUAAUUAUUUGAUGUGUAUGGAGGUCUGAACGAUAAACUUGACAGUAUAAUGUGAGUGCAGUUGACAUCUUGCACUCAGACUUCUUUCGUUUGGCACAUACAGUUCACAGCAUAACUUCAUCACAACCCAAAUAUUAGUGUGUUAAUUGUGUUUUGAUUGACAAGAUUGGUUCUGUUUCUAUUCGAGAGCCUAAAACUUUGAUUAGCUUUGUUAUGUUAUUAGAAAAAUAGUCUCUCAUCCACAGUCUUCAUGUGGGGAAAAACACGCUCUAGUUUUAGGAAACCAGCAGAGACACAUUCAUAAGUGCAGACAUACCUUUGUAGACCAAUGCAGUUAAAAUAGAAGUUGGGUAUUAUGGGUAAUGCAUUCGUUCUUAUCAAAAACUGGCCAUGAAGAUCAAUACACCUCAUAUCUAUAUGCUGAAUGUAAGGCUAGAGCCAGGAGUGGGUUAGCUUAGCACAAAGACUAGAAACAAGGAGAAACAACUGGCCUCAAUCUGUCCAAAGCUAACAAAUAACUGCCCCCCAGUAUCAUCAUGAUCAGUGUUGUACUUCAUGCAUCUACGAGUACACAAGAGUUUGCUCUGAAAAUCCAUGGUACUCGCUGUGGAGGUUUGCCAGCAGCCUAAGAUUUGUGUCUGUGCAGCCUCUAUGCUGCAAGGGCAGUAGAGUACAUGUGCUGGAUUGGUAGACGACAAUGUCCUCCAGUCGGACUAGAAAAUAGUAUAGUUUAAAUCAACUACACAUCUGUGGUGCAGCUGUCCGUGUGUAUUUCUACAAAGGAGUAUAAUGAUGAGUUAGAGGCUUUCGAACGUGUUAUUUCUCGUCUGUUUUCUGCAGACACUUAAGUGUAAAGACGACCAGUUCGGGUGUUAUGAGUAGUUAUGUUCUGGACUAUUUCUUGCAGGAAGUCACUGCUUUCAAAGCAGUGACUUCUUGAAGUCUCCCCUUAGCUGUUUUCGUACAGAUUAGAGAAGAUGUUCAUUAGUGAGUUUCGGGGGACAGUGUAAGUGUUUUUGUUACACCAUUUUCCAGUCUGCUUGGAGGAUACUUAACACUAGCUUGAGGCCUGUGUCACACUUAUCUGAAGUAGACCAAAUUUUGCGUUGAUGUGGCAACUGCGUUACAACUAUAAUAGUGCGCAUGCUGAACAGUAGUGUUUAAGUGUGGAUUAUGUAGCUGUCACCUACUGCGCAUGUAGCAGAGACCUCCAAGCACCCCCCCCCCCCCGGACUAGAAAAAUAGUACACUAGCAACAGCUGUGUGUCUGUGGUGUCCGCAAGGGAGGAUAACUUAAGAGAUACUGGUUGGCAGAUUUUUUUUUUUUUUUCUUUAAAGGUUUGGACAUCUCCAGGUUAUUCUUUAGUUGUCUUAACUCUAAGCUAAACUAUCACCUGCAGGCUGUAUUAUAGCAUAUAGACAUGAAUGCAUUAUUGAUCUUGAGCAUUUAUUUUGCAUGUAAAUGACUAAAUUUACACAAAUGACUUGACUUGACUCCAUUCUGCCAUAGGUUUAUUGUGUGCUGGUGCUCUUGCUGGGUUUGUGUUUAGAUUUCCUAGUAUGGCUAACCCUUACUUUAGAGAAACUGUGUAGCACAAAAUAUCAUUUAAUUUGUCUAAAUUCAGUCUGCAACAUUACUGCAAUGCUGUCUGACUGCUGUGUGUUAUUGUGGCUCAACACACCAAGUUCACUGUAUUUAUUUGCAUAGUUUCUGAUCCUUGUAGAGAAGUCAUCACAUUAUUUGUGUAGUCUAAGAAUAUAUGAAUUAAUUACACUCACAGUAAGUAGCUGCACUGAGAUAAGCUUUUCAUAUUUGAUACUAAUUUCCUGCCUUAACAGUUUAGCCGAGGCUUCCGCUGCUGAAAAUGUGACAUUUUACACUGCAGCUAUGUUUCCUCUGCAGGCACGUGUCACGGUGUGGAAAUAUUUCCUAAAACAAGGUCCUUCUUGUUUGUGCCUCUUGAGAAACACUAAUAGUGAGCGAUGGUUAUGAACCACUCUGGGAAGCUGAAGCUGAAUUCCCUCAUGUGUCUAGUGAAGGUGCCUACACACUGUUUUGAUUUGGAUCUGCUGAAGCUGCCAGCUGGUAUCAAUAGCAGCAUUAGAAACAACAUUUUUGUCUCGAUUUAGAAGCCGUGCCGAUCGCCAAGCCACAUCAUUGCAGUGUGCACAGCUGCAUUCAGUGAUUUAGAGUUAGCACAAGAGCUCGCAACAAUGACUCUUUCUUUUUGUGUACAAGACAGAGUGAGAGUGAGUUAUUUAAUGACAUUUGAAGGCGUUGGCUCUUUGUCGAUGAGGGUCAUGUGAUGCCACGAUGCCGAGGAUUAUCAGCCAGCAGUUUUAUUAUGCUCUGCCCGAUUCCACCGCUGGUGUUUUAUUGCUCCCAUCAGGAACGUCUGAGAGCUACAGAGAGAUUUGAAGCCUCGCCAUCCUGGAAGCGGAAUGUGUUUUGAUCACGCUUUAGUGAUCCUGAGACUUCUUAGGUCCAACAUGUGCUGAUGUAGAGUGAUUGAUGAACACUGAACCCAGCCUGCUGAGGAGGGACGGCUGGUCAAAGCUAGGAAGCACAUUCCACCUCCACAUGACCCUGCCAUGAUGGACAUGUUGCAUUGUUUGGUGAGCAAAGCAAAUGUGAACCGUGCUUUAUGUUACUGGGUCCACUUAAUCACGCUACACUUCUUUUUCUUUGUUUACUUGAAGAUGCUCUGAGAAUUCCACUGAACUUGCUUUAGUUUGUCUUUUUGUUUCCAUGUUGCCUUUUUAAUGUAAUGCCACAUGUUGCAGACUGAUAACGACUGAUGUGAUUGUGGAUAUUUUUUUUUUGAACACACUACAUGCAGUGCUGAAAUGGUCCCUUAGCAAAGUUAAAGCUAAAUGAAUAAAUGCGUGUGCAUUUGUGUGUUUGCGUGUGUGUGUGUGUAAAGGGACUAAGCUACAGUAUUAAGUGCACACUAUGAUGAUAAUCAGUUGUAAGAAAAUGCUGUCUGGUUUUAUGUUGCUUUUUUUUCUGGCAAUCCCUGUAGUUAUAAAAGACCGGUGAACAGCCA